CACCCAAGGGUACCGGGGGGCCACCCGUGGGUGCUGAGCCGCGCGUCCCCCAUCCCCACCCGACAGCUCCUGCUUCAACGGCGGGACCUGCGUGGACGGCGUCGCCUCCUACACGUGCCGCUGCCGGCCCGGCUUCACGGGCACCCACUGCCAGCACCCGGCCGACGGGUGCCGGGGGCAGCCCUGCCUGCGGGGGGGCACCUGCGUCACCCGCCGGGGACACCUACCGCUGCCUCUGUCCCCCGGGGUACACCGGCACCCAGUGCCAGACCCCCCUGGACCUGUGCCGGGGGGCACCCUGCCAGCACGGGGGGCAGUGCCGGCAGACGGGUGCCACCGUCACCUGCCUCUGUCCCCCCCCCUGGACCGGCAGCGCCUGCGACGUCCCCAACGUCACCUGCGCCGUGGCGGCCGCCCGCAGAGUUUCCCCCAACCCCAUCCCCCUUGCGUGUCCCCCGCAGGCGUCCCCCCUCGCCCAGUUGUGCCACGGCCGCGGUCGCUGCGUGGAUGCGGGCAGCGCCGGGCACCGCUGCCAGUGCCGGGACGGUUACGCCGGCACCUACUGCCAGACGCCGCGGGACCGCUGCCUGCCCAACCCCUGCCUGCACGGCGCUGCCUGCCGCAGCUACGGGGGGGGCUACGAGUGCGAGUGCCCGCCGGGUUACGUGGGUCAGGAGUGCCAGCUGGAGGUGGACGAGUGCCAGUCGCAGCCCUGCCAGAACGGGGGCACCUGCCUCGACCUCGUGGGACGUUACCUCUGCUCCUGCCCCCCCGGCACCCUGGGCGUCCUCUGCGAGAUCAACGAGGACGACUGUGCCCCCCAGCCUGGCACCCCAGCACCCAAAUGCCUCCACAACGGGACCUGCCUGGACGGGGUGGGGGGUUACGGCAGCGCCUGCCCCCCCGGCUACACGGGUGCCCGCUGCGAGGGGGACGUCAACGAGUGCCACAGCCGGCCCUGCCACCCCCCCGGCACCCUGGCGUGCGUGCAGGGUGCCAACACCUACCGCUGCCUCUGCCAGCCCGGCUUCACCGGGCGCCGGUGCCAGAGCCUGGUGAACCCCUGCCAGUCUUUGCCGUGCCGCCACGGCGGGCGCUGCCAGCCCGACCCCGGCACCCCCCGCGGCUACGCCUGCCGCUGCCCACCCGGUUUCAGCGGCACCCACUGCGAGAGCCGGCCGCCCUCCUGCCUGGACUUUGCCUGCGCCAACGGGGGCAGCUGCCUGCCGGCCCCCGCCGGCCCCCGCUGCCUCUGCCCCCCCGGCUUCGGGGGUCCCCAGUGCCACCCCCCCGAUGUCACCAACGUCACCUGCCCCCCCGACGCUUGCCUCCACGGCGGCACCUGCGUCCCCUCGUCCCGCCCCCCCUUCGCCCGCUGUUUGUGCCCUCCGGGUUUCGGGGGUCCCCGAUGCCAAGGGGGUCCCCCGCCCCCCCCCGAGAUGGAAUGCGAGGGGGGGUGCGGGGGAAAGCGGGGGGACGGGGUUUGUCACCGGGAAUGUAACACCCCUGGGUGUCAGUGGGACGGGGGGGACUGUUCCCUCUUGGUGGGGGACCCUUGGGGACACUGCGGGGUCCCCGAGUGUCCCCCCCUUUUCAACAACAGCCGUUGCGACCGGGGGUGUGACAGCCCCCACUGCCUCUACGACAACUUCGACUGCCGGCCCCCCCACAGGGCCUGCAACCCCGUCUACGAGCAGUACUGCUCCGACCACUUCGCCGACGGGCGCUGCGACCAAGGUUGCAACAGCGAAGAGUGCGGUUGGGACGGGCUGGAUUGCGCCCAGGAGGUCCCCGAGGCGCUGGCCCGGGGGGUGCUGGUUGUCACCGUCCUGCUGCCCCCCGAGGAGCUGCGUCGGAGCAGCGCCGCCUUCCUGCAGCGGCUCAGCGCCAUCCUGCGCACUUCCCUGCGCUUCCGCCUCGAUCCCGACGGCAACUACAUGAUCCAACCCUACUAUCGACCCCAACGGCUGCGGAGGAGGGAGGUGGCCCCCGAGGUCAUCGGCUCGGUGGUGACGCUGGAGAUCGACAACCGGCUGUGCGCCCAGGCGUCCGACAAGUGCUUCCCCGACACCCGCAGCGCCGCCGACUACCUGGCCGCCCUCUCCGCCCUGGAGCGUCUCCAGUUCCCCUACCCCAUCAAGGCCGUGCGCGGUGACAAGCUACCCGAGGCACCGGACCCGGUGCGGCUGCUGCCGCUGGUGGUGGUGGGGGGCAUCAUCCUGCUGGCCAUCGCGGUACUGGGAGUACUGGUGGCCCGGCGCAGGCGGGAGCAGAGCACCCUCUGGUUCCCCGAGGGCUUCAGCCUGGCCAAGGACAGCAACAGGGACCGCCGGGAACCCGUGGGGCAGGACGCCCUGGGCAUGAAGACCAUGGGGAAGGGGGAGACCCUCAUGGGUGAACCCUCCGAGGAGUGGCUGGACGGCGACUGCCCCGAGGCCAAAAGGCUCAAGGUGGAGGAGGUGGGCGCGGAGCCCCAGGACCCCGUGGACUGCCGGCAGUGGACCCAGCACCACCUGGUCGCCGCCGACAUCCGCAUGCCGCCCGCCAUGGCCCUGACGCCGCCCCAGGGCGAGUUCGACUCCGACUGCAUGGACGUCAACGUCCGCGGGCCAGAUGGUUUCACACCGCUGAUGCUGGCCUCCUUCUGCGGGGGUGGCCUGGAGGCCGAGGUGGCCGAGGACGAGGAGGGUGACGAUGCCUCGGCCGGCAUCAUCGGUGACCUCAUCUGCCAGGGCGCCAGCCUGGGCGCCCAGACGGACCGCACCGGCGAGACCGCCCUGCACCUCGCCGCCCGCUACGCCCGCGCCGACGCCGCCAAGCGCCUGCUGGACGCCGGCGCCGACACCAACGCCCAGGACAACACGGGGCGCACGCCGCUGCACGCCGCUGUCACUGCCGAUGCCCAGGGCGUCUUCCAGAUCCUGAUCCGUAACCGCUCCACGGACCUGGACGCCCGCAUGGGUGACGGCUCCACCGCCCUCAUCCUGGCGGCCCGGCUGGCGGUGGAGGGGAUGGUGGAGGAGCUGAUCGCCUGCCACGCCGACGUCAACGCCGUCGAUGAGACCGGGAAGUCCGCCCUGCACUGGGCUGCCGCCGUCAACAACAUGGAGGCGACGCUGGCGCUGCUGAAGAACGGGGCUAACAAGGACAUGCAGGACAGCAAGGAGGAGACCCCCCUCUUCCUGGCCGCCCGCGAAGGCAGCUACGAAGCCGCCAAGAUCCUCCUGGAUCAUUUCGCCAACCGAGAGAUCACGGAUCACCUGGAUCGGCUCCCGCGGGAUAUCGGCCACGAACGGAUGCACCACGACAUCGUCCGCCUCUUGGACGAGUACAACACGGGGCGCAGCCCCCCGGGAUCGCUGCCCCCCAAUCCCGGUUUACCCCCGCUCCUCGGUCCCCCGACUUCUUUCCUACCCGGGCUCAAGCCCCCCACCGCCGGCAAGAAGAACCGACGGUUGGGGGGCAAAACGGGGGGGGCCAAAGCGGGCAAGAAAUUGGGGGGCGAGUGUCCCCCGGGGUUGGAGAGCUCGGUGACGUUGUCACCCGUCGACUCCUUGGACUCCCCUUACGUCCCCAACCCGACGUCCCCCGGGCUUUUCCCCCCCCGGGGUUGGAGACCCCCUUUACCGUCACCUUAGGGGCACCCAUGGGUGUCGGGCGAUUAGCGGGGGCCCCCCCGCCCCGUUUAGGCUUGGGUUUGGGGACGGUGACCGUCCCCUUCGAGUGGCGGAGUCGGGUCCCCCCGGGAACCCCUUGUAAUCCGGGCUUGGGGGGGGUACACCCCCAUUUUACACCCCCCCGCUCCAGGUUUCGCCCCCGCCUUGCUGCUUGCCCCACGGCGCCGUGGGGUGCCCCCACCCGCCGCCGAAGCCCUUCCCCGUGGCCCCCGACCCCUCUCCCCCGAAGAUGGGGGGGGCCCCCGCUCCGCCGCCCCCCAUUUUUUCAAGGCGGGGGAGGAGUACCCCACGGCGGCGGGGGGGGCGGUGGGGUUCGGAGGCGGGGGGGCGGAGGGGAGGUAUUUGGGGGUCCCCAGCGAGCACCCCUAUUUGACGCCCUCCCCCGAGUCCCCCGAGCACUGGGCGAGCCCCUCUCCCCGCUCCCUCUCUGACUGGUCCGAGGCCACCCCCAGUCCGGCCGUGCUGGGGCCCCCCCAAACUCAGCUGCCCCCCCCGCCGCCCGAGCAGACCCCCAAAAUGCAGGUCUUUGCCUGAGAGGUGGCA